CCCUCCCUCCCCCGCAGCUUCCUGUCGCCGCGAUCCGGGCCCUGGGCUGUGGGCGCCCGGGCGCCCGAGGCUUCCCGGUGCGCUCGGCCAGGAUGGCAUUAGGUCUGUGUCUGCAGGUGCUGUGCAGCCUGGGUGGCUGGCUCUCACUCUAUACAUCUUUCUGCCACCUGAAUAAGCACCGAAGCUAUGAGUGGAGCUGCCGGCUGGUGACCUUCACCCACGGAAUCCUCUCUAUAGGCCUGUCUGCAUAUAUCGGCUUCAUUGAUGGCCCUUGGCCUUUUACCCACCCAGGUUCACCGAACACACCUCUCCAAGUUCACAUUCUGUGUCUUACCUUGGGCUACUUCAUCUUCGACUUGGGCUGGUGCAUCUAUUUCCAGUCCGAGGGUGCCCUGAUGCUGGCUCACCACACACUGAGCAUCUUAGGGAUCAUCAUGGCCCUAGCACUUGGGGAGUCGGGCACAGAGGUCAACGCGGUCCUCUUUGGAAGUGAGAUCACCAACCCGUUGCUCCAGUUGCGCUGGUUUCUCCGUGAAACCGGGCACUACCACAGUUUCACUGGGGAUGUGGUAGACUUCCUCUUUGUGGCUCUGUUCACUGGUGUGAGGAUUGGUGUAGGUGCUCAUCUUCUUUUCUGUGAAAUGGUCUCACCCACACCCAAGUGGUUUGUGAAGGUUGGGGGAAUAGCGAUGUAUGCUGUGUCUUGGUGCUUUAUGGUUAGCAUCUGGCGCUUUGCGUGGAAGAAAAGCGUCAAGAAGUACCAUGCGUGGAGAAGCAGGAGGAAUGAGGAGCGGCAGCUAAGACAUAAUGGGCAUCUCAAGACUCACUAGCCAAGGCUUGCUCCUGGUAGAUGGAUUAGUUUGAAUUGGCCACAGGACCAGAACUGAGCUUAUAGUACUCAAGAACCAUAGGGCACUUAGGUUUCAAAAAAGGGCUAAAUGUAUCCAUCACUUUAGUCAUGUUCCAAGCUAAGCAUAUGCAGUAUUGAUACACUCCCUCCUACAGUGGUACUUGCACAUCCUCAAUGGUGACUGGCAAGUGGCAUUGUAUAGGGAGGACCAUUGCCACUUGUUUUUGGGUCUCCAUGUUCAUGGGAGGCCUGAUAGAUAUUCAGACAACUUUGAAAAGAACUUGAAUCAAGUCAGUGCUGUCUCUUGUUCCUUUGGAAAUAACUUCUGAGUUCCUCUAGACAUUUUAAAUAUGUUCUGCGAAUGUGCUAUAAAGGAAGGGACUCGUAGGAAGGGACAUGCAUUUGACAUUCAGGCAUCUGUGAAUAGGAUCUGUUGUGCAAAAAGGGACAGAAGGAUGGGAGUGGAACUAGCAAUGACAGGGACUGUCCACUGAGCCUCCCUACUCCGAUUGUGUCAGAGGUUCUUAAGGACACACUUGGGUUCCACGAUUCAUCAAGAAGACUCAGGGUUUAGCAUAUAGUCUUACGGCUUUGAUUUAGGACAAUGACAGGAUACAGGGAAGACUCAGCAAAUGGAAAAGGAAGCCUAUGGGAUCGAAGUAUGAGCUUCUAAAGUCUCCUAUUUGGAUAUAGGGGAGUGAUUCAGUGAUUCAUGACAAUGCACAUGAAAGUCAUCAAAGACUUGGUGCCCAGAGCUUUUACUGGCAAUAAAAAUUUUUGCCUAGCACAAGGCAAAAUUCAAGAUUCCACGCAACAGGCAUUUGGCAAAAGCCAUAGUGUUUCAGAAACAGUAUGGGAGUAGUGAGCCAAUCUUAACAGUUUCUGGUGGGAGCCCUUUCUAAGUUGCAGUUUGUAGGUGCCAGCCAAGGGCCAACAUUGCAAGCAGGCCUUUGCAAGGAUAGCAAGCAGUUCAGGCUUGCUAUGUUAACUAUUGAGUGCACAAAAAAACAUAGAGCUAAUGCUUUGGAUGCAAGAUGAACGAGGUGUGGGUAAAUUUAGAUUUACUUAGUCCUGUUGUGCGGGUUCUGCCCUACCAGGAAAAGUAUGCCAGUUCUCAGGGCUUUUGUGAAUUAAUCUGCUAGGCAUGAGAGGCCAUGGCUAAAUUCCAUGGGGAUUUACCAUGUGGAUUCCACUGUACUUGAGAUGGAGUUCAGGUUUCAGCUCCUGGUACAUACUGCAAACCAGAACCAAAGAUUUCAAUGUACGUAUUGGCCUCAGGGUGAUGAGGCUCUCUCCUUCCUUCCUUCCUUCCUUCCUUCCUUCCUUCCUUCCUUCCUCUCCCUUCCUUCCUCUCUUUUUCUUCCUCUCCCUCCCUCCUUUCUUCCUUUUUCUUUGUUGUAGAUACAUUCCCUUUUUACUACUUUUUUCCACCUCUCCCGAGAUAUGAUCUUGCUUGUGUAGCACAGGCUAGCAUUGAACAUUCUAUUCCCCUGCUUACAUCUUCUCAGUGCUAGGAUUACAAUCCUGUGCCACCAUGCCUGGCUCUAAUGUAGAGCUUUAAUGAAAGAAAAAAAGUAUUAUUUGUUAAUGCAUUUGCUAUUUUUCCUAUGUUAUUUGGGUCAAUGGUGAUUGGCUAAUUCAGUUGUUAAGCCAGGAAACUGUACUACUGAAGCAAGGCUGAUGUCAGCAAGUAGUGUCAGUUCAUUCUAUAGUCACUGGUGUCACUAGCCCAAUGAGUGACCACAGAUGGUAUGGGCUACAGAAACCAGUCACGGGGGAGAGGCUGGAAACAUGUAGACAUUCUUGCAAAUGGAAAAGCACUUUAACAGCGAGACCUUUAAAGGUGGCUGCUGUACAGUUAAAUGGGCUGCUUUUGGCUCUUGGGCUUUUCUGUUUUCUGGAAAGACAGCACCAUGCCCCCUUUUCUAUGAUUUGUGUCCCAGAUAUGCCAGUGUGCUUCUUUCCAGAAAAACUGUGAGCAGAAUUGGAAGCUGGGGAAUGCUGAUUUCAGCAGAAGUGUUGUCAAAAAGAGUGGCUUGGCACACGAGCAGAAAGGAAAAACAAAACAAAACUGGCUUUUUCUUUUGGCACUGUGCAACCUGCUCCAGACCAGAUGAGUGAGCAGGCUUAAUCUAAUACUGGCUCUUGUCUCCCUUACCCCUCAGAGGUAAAGACUGUAGAUCUUUCUGUUGGAGGCAAACUCAAGGCAAUGUCUGUAGGUUUUUUUUUUUAAUUUUUUAUCAGAAGAUACCUGAACAAGUGAUAAGGGGGAGGAAUUCUGCAUUUCAGCUUUUCUUGAUGUUCUAACUAGUAACCAUGAAGACAUUUCUCUUAGAGAACAAUGUGAAGAUGACUCAGCAGUUAAGAGGUCGCCUGUUUUUAUAACACAGGUAAAUGAAGGGCAGAUUAGCGUGUGCUGUGUCUCUAGACAAAAGGAAAUACUUGCAUUUGAAUUACUGUGUAAUCAUCACUGAUACUGCUCAAGAAGGAUUUAUAUUUCAAUAUGAUUUGUACUAAAUUUUAUAAAAAUAAAGUAACUUUUUAUAGA